UUAUACAUAAAAUGCCAUACUGUCCAUCUUUUCUCAGUUCAAAUGGCGCAGCCCAACAGAGUACAAACCCUCGUCGAUUCCGGCCUCGCUGCCGUCCCUCCACAGUACAUCCAGCCUCCCGAUCACCGCGCCGGCGGCCUCCGCCAUGAUGCCGCUGCUCCCCCUAUCGCCGUUCCAGUCAUCGACCUUGAUCCUCAGUCCGGCGAUCCCAUCCUUGACAUCCGCCGUGCGUGCAAGGAUUGGGGUGCCUUUCAGGUGAUCAACCAUGGCGUACCUAUCUCACUGUUGGAGGAGAUGAAGCGUGUUGGCCUUGCUUUUUUCCAGUCACCGACGGAGGCCAAGCUCGGUUACGCCUGUAACCCCAGAUUCCCGGCUUCCGAGGGCUAUGGAAGCAAGAUGCUCUCCAAGGAUGGAGGAGUCCUUGAUUGGAGGGACUAUUUUGAUCACCAUACCUUUCCGGAGUCCCGUCGUAACCCUAACCGAUGGCCUGAUAACCCUGAUAACUAUAGGCACGUUGUGGGAGAAUAUAGUAAUAGCAUGAAAGCUCUUGCCCAAAAAUUGUUAAGUAUGAUCUCCAUAAGCCUUGGUCUUGCACCUUCUUAUAUUGAAGAUGUGAUUGGCGAAGUGUAUCAGAAUAUAACCAUCAGUUACUAUCCCCCCUGCCCACAACCUGAACUCGCUCUUGGUUUGCAAGCCCAUUCAGAUAUUGGUGCAAUUUCACUGUUGAUACAAGAUGAUGUUGGAGGCCUUGAAGUGUUGAAAGAUGGGGAAUGGGUGCUAGUACAACCACUCUCUGAUGCCAUCAUUGUCUUGUUGUCUGACCAAACUGAGAUUAUAACCAAUGGGGAGUAUACAAGUGCAGAACAUCGUGCCCUUGUCAAUGCCAAACAAGCGCGAUUAUCUGUUGCAACUUUCUAUGAUCCUUCGAAAACCAGGGUAAUAUCACCUGCUGCUGAACUUAUCACCGAUCGUUCUCCACAGAAGUAUUGUAGUGUUGUGUAUGGUGAUUAUUUGUCGUCAUGGUAUGGUAAAGGCCCUGAUGGCAAGCGGAAUUUAGAUGCUAUUUUGAUUCAUCAAUAGAAGCUAUAUUUCGACAUUGUACAUCAAUAUUUAUGAAACGGAAAUCAUGAAAUUUGUAGAUGCAUAUAGGGUCCAAAAUGUUUCGGUAUGAUCUCUCGGGGAUAUUGUUUUAUGAACCUGUAACAAUUGAGUACUUUCAGAGACAAAUAAAGAGAACCAGGAUCAGAGUCUUGAUUGUUUUGAUUUA